UAAAUAAUAAUGAAACCAACCAAGGGACAAAAAUCAGCCCAAUGCUAUCGCAUUAGCAAUGGCAAUAAGAAACUAAUGGUGACCGGCAAAGGACGACUCUCCGUCUCACACAACCCGAUACACAAACGAUGCAUUCAAACAAAAUUGUCGAAACGCGUUCAGCGAAAGAAUUCGCCGCCAGAAACUAUGGAUGAAUGCCCCGAAGAUGAUCUGUCCCCAUUCCAUGACAUGGAGUUCACUGCGAACGCAGAUGAGCUCUCAUUACAGCCGGAGCAGGAUGACAGUCAGAAUCGUGUUCUGAAUUCAUUGAAAUCCAAAUUGCGACCGCUUUUCCAAUUGUUCUCGGAGGAUUCGUGUUCACCCACAAAGCCGACAGGAACUCUCGAACCGCUCCAACCUGACAAACCACAAAUUAUAUACAAAAAUAUUUGUCUAUCCUCGUCGGAUGAAUCAUCGUCACUGCAUGAAGAAUGCAAUUUAUCCUCCACGGAUAUCGAUGUUCGUCGUAGUCGUAUUAAGUCCAUGGAUGCCGCGGAAGUAGCAUCCAAUUGCCCAGGACUAAAUAGAUUCGAAUGGUCGCCAAAAUCAACCAAUAUAUUGCUGGAUUUGUGGGAAAAGAAUUUGAGAGAUAUUCGCGGCACGAGAAAAAAUUCGCAAAUUCACAAAGAAAUGGCGCAAGAAAUGAUUGAUUAUGGGCCAAGCCACCGGGAAAUUAAACAUAAAAUGGACAACAUGUCCAGAAAAUACAGGUUGGAAGCACAAAAGAUUAAAAGUGGAACUGCGACGAAUUGGCGAUAUUUCAAAAGAGUCCAGUUGCUUUUAAUUGGAACACCUUCUGUUGACUUUGAAGAGAUAAUAUUUGAAAAUACGGAUUCGACGACAUUUUUCAAUGCGGACACCAGUGAUGAAAGCAGACAGUUCAACGAGAAUAAUCUGCCAAAGUUGCCACAAAGAGAACCAACGCCCAUAGAAGAAGUGACACAAGCAGAAGAAGACGAGGAGGAACAGGAGGAGGAAGUAUUGGAGGAACCCGGACAACAUAUUGAGGAAAUGAAAGAUCAUCCGUCUCCGCACCGAGUGAAAUACAAAACGCAUGUGAAAACGGAGCCAAAAGUUGAUCAAAUGCUACAAAUUGAGGAGGAAAAAUUGCUGGUGGAAAAGCAAAAACUUCGGGUCAUGCAACACAUAUCCAGAGAACUAGCAUCGAUUGGCAAAACGCUAGUUGAACUACUGCGAAAUGCAAAGAAAAAAUAAAAUACCCUUCCAGUUUUCAUCCAAGUCGAAAAGGGUCGAUUUCUUUAAUGUUGCUUAAGCCAAUGACAGUGUCAAAUAAAUACCAAUGAUGCUCAUUA